CACUACUGCAAGUCGAUCGCGUGGGAGGUCGAGACUUUGUAUUUCAUAGUAAUUUCAACUGCGGGACUAGUCUUCGUCUCCAUAUAGUUUAGUUUUAAACUUGCCGUCUCUAUCAAAGAAGAUCUUUCUCUCUCUCUCCAUCACUUGCGCGAAUUACCAGUCAAGAAAUCAAAAAAAAAAAAAAAUUUAAACGAUUUAUAUUCACGCGACUUUCCGCAUUUAUUUUCAUCGUGAUCCUUUUUAUCAUACAACGUGACCGAAGAAUCUCAAACCCACGUGACAUAAUAAUCAAAUAUUCAUCGAUUGAACGAAAAAACGAAAUUUCCACUAAAAUUGACGAUUAGAAGAAAAAAUUUUCAACAACAAAAAAUAAAAGCAUUUUUAAUUUAAAAAAUUAAAUUAAAAUAAGAAAAAUAAUUGAAAAAUGGAAAAAUAAAACAGAAAACUAAAAUAAACCCAAGAAAUAAUGAUCAGUGAUUAUGAUUUCAGCAUAAAGUUCAGUGAUCAGUGAAUAAUCGAAAAGAGUAAUAUUAAAUUCGAGGGAAGAAGAUUUCUCAUGCACGAAUAAUGUAACGAGGUCCAAUCGGCGCUUUUAUUACACAACGGAGAAAAAGAAGAAAGAAGAGAAAAAAAAGGACAGAACACGGUGCCAUAGUUAUUAAAUUGCCUGAGACUCGUGGUUGACUCGAAACAAUCUUUUAUACUUAUUGCACGAGUCGUGAGUAAAUUUUUUGAUCCUGUCUUUGUUUUCGUUGACACAUUGCACAAGAUUAUAUAGAAAGUAAGUUGACGUGCGCGGAGAAAUCCCUACAAUACUCUUGUCUCACCGAGAAGAUUCAAUUAAGUAGCAAAACACGAGUGAUGAUUAGCAUACAACGCUAAUAUACACAAGUCAAAGAUUACGAAAGUAUAUAUAUAUAUACACGAGAUAUAAUCUAUACGAGAGUUCAUAAAGGCAUAAAUAUAAAAUUACAUCCAACUAUAUGUAAUCGAGCAUUAAAUUGUAUAAAAAAAAGUUCAAAAAAUAUUAAAAAGAAGUUUUAAAUUAAAAUUUCAGAAAAAAAGAAAAAAAUCAAUUCAAUGAUUAUGAAAAAGUAAAUGAAGAAAUAAAAUGAAACUUGCAAAUGCAAAUUUAAGUAGAUCAGGACAAAUAAUUUGUUUAUGAAAAAAAAUUUCAAUUUUCUCUAUUCGAAUUUUUUGGAGAAAAUGUUUUUCUACUCUGAAUAUUGUUUUAAGUGAUAAAAUAAUGAAAAUUUUAUAAACAGGAAAACGUAAAAGUGAUUUUCUUAGAUUUUAUGUCAAAAAAAUAAAUAUAACUGUGUAAGUGGACUAUCUAUUAUAAUGAAGUGUAUGAAACUGGAGUGAAUUUCAAUCCGUGAACUACCAAAACUAAAAUAUUCAGCAAUGUGCAUUGGAGAAUUUGUAAAAAUUCACAAAAAUAUGAGUGGUUCACGGUCAAGUGCAUUGAAGGCAGGAAACGUCGAUGGACUUCCUGCGUUGGAGGGACUGGAGUGAUUUACAAUUCAAUACACCGGACUUGAGGAGGAGUCACUUUCAAUUUUAUUAUAAAAAAAAAAAAAAAAAAAAAAUUUAUUUUAAUAAUUGAAAAAAAAUGGAGGAGGUAUAUAUCAUAAGAAUAAAGACGAAACCACUUCUCUCGUCCCUUUAUCCUUCGGAGAGAAGGUAUUCAGCGUCGACAGUUGGUGGUUUAGCGAUGGUUCACUUUGGACUCGGUGUCCUUGCCCUUUUACUUGGAUCGCUUGCUGGUCUCAUUCAGGGUCCAAUUUUGGCUCUCUUUUGUCUGAUACCGUUUAUUUCCGGUCUACUAGCUUGGAAAAAAUGGUACAUUGACCGCAACAUAGGUCUCUUCUUUUAUGGCAGUCUCAUAUCAUUGAUCGUUGCAUUAUUCUGUUUGGCUGCAACUAUUUUUCAUAUGAUUACAAUCCUUCAGGGAAAUGACACUUCUUCUUGGUCCAUGGAGCAUAUAUUUAAUUUUAAUUCAUCAAAUGGAUCUCUUAAUGCUUUUGCCAAACAUAAUAAUUCAUCGUUCAAUGAUGAAUUAUCAAUCGAUAGGAUAAAUUUUAAUGAUAAAAUUUUAAAUGACAAUUCAUCGGAUGAUGAGGAUGAUUUUAAUUUACCAUUUAGAAGGAUUGACACAUUAGAUGAUCUUGUGGCGGAAUCGUCUAUGAUUGAGGAGAAAAGAAUUUUUGGUAAUGACGUUGUGAAUAAAAGUGGAUUACCGGAAAUGAUGAAAGUUGGAGAAAAUGAGGAUGGAUUAUUACAUUCGAAAUUAUUGUUGGCUACAAAUGUAUUAGUGGCAUCAUUAUUGGAAGUGGCUUGGUCGUUUUUGAGCGCAAGAAUUGGACUACGUGGAAUGAUAAAUCGUGUUGAAACCAUUUAUGGUGGGGGUGGAAAUGUUACAAUUGGUAAUAAUAAAAAACAGAAAAUUGGUUGUAAGAAGAAGAAAAUGCAAGCACCAAGACCGGACAUACUCAGUCAUUAUCAAAAGAAUUUUGGUAGUUUGCAGAGUUUGAAUUCCUUUCAAAGUUCCAUAAAUUCGGGACCAAGACUUCCGUUGCCGGAAUCCAGUAGAGAAUUUCGGGAAAGGGUCGAGAGAUUCUUGGUCAAUCAGGCCGCUUCACAGAAUUGUUGAAAAAAAGAAAAUAUUACGGUUCUCGAAUCCUUUUUUUUUCACCGUAGAUUCCCUCCGAGAUGUAAUUUAAUAAUUAAAGAAAGAUUUUAAUUACAUUUUAAAAAUGAAGAAAAAAACACAAUUUUUAAUUAUUAUUUUUCUUUUUAUUGUUAUUAAAAUUUCAUUGUUAAUUUUAUUAAUUAAAAAGCAUUUAAAAACUUUGAAAAUUUUUUUUUUUUAAUUUUGUUUUAUUUUCAAUUUUAAUGAUUAUUAAGUGUUUAAAAAUGUAACAAAAAAAAAAAUUUAUGAAUUUAGAUCGUUUUAAGAAGACGAGAGACGAUUAUAUUUUUAGGUAAUAAAUUGUAAUGUAAUUUUACUCUUCCGAUAUUAUACCGAACGAUGGUGUGACUAUCAUCAACUUUACCUUGAUAUGAGAUAUUUUUUACAUUGAAGAUUAUGUAAUGAAUAUUUACAUAAGUAAUAGAUUUGAAUUCUAAGAAUCCUGCAAUAGCGUAAUUAAGUUUUUUAAAUAUAUAUUUUUUUUGAAUGAUAAAAAAAUAAGGCGUUAACAAGAAAUAUUUUCGAUAAAAUAUUUUAAUUAUUAUAAAUAAAAUAGUCAAUAAAGA